UUUUUUUUUUCUUUUUUUCUUUUUUUUCCCCUUUAAUUUGGCCGCUCUUCAGGCGCUCCGGACCGGCGCCGCCGCCGCCGCCGCAGAGGAAAGUUAGUGCCCCCGGCCCGGGCGCGCAGGUGUCAGAAGUUCUGCCUGUCUUCAAAGAGAUAGAAGUACUGAGAUUCCCAUGAUGUAAGGGGCAAGUUCCUGGUGUUUGUAAUGCAACCUAAUAUGUCUGGUGCUUGGAGCUGACACACAGUUGGUGCCGAAACUCUUUUGGGAACAUACAAACUACCACGUUCACAGGAAGUUGAAGACAUCUGAGAAAGUGGCUUUGGAUUCAUCCAUAUCUGCAAAAAAAAGAGACCACCAUCUGAAACAUCCACACACUAUAGUAGCUGCCAUGGCAAGCAAAAGGAAGUCAACAACUCCAUGUAUGGUGCGAACCUCAGAAGUAAUGGAGCAGGAAGUUCCUGAGGAUGGAGAAGCCCUUAAGGAAAGGAGUGCAGGCAUCUCACAGCAGGACUCUAAAGAUGGCUGGGUGGCUGAUACAGAAAGCUCUGUAAAAGACUGUGAGGUGGCAGAGGGGAAACCUCCAGUUGAGAGUCAAUCCAAGAAGCUCCAAGGUGGUUAUGAAUGUAAAUACUGUCCUUACUCAACACAAAACCUAAAUGAAUUUACAGAGCAUGUUGACACACAGCACCCAAAUGUAAUUCUCAACCCUCUCUAUGUGUGCGCUGAAUGUAACUUUACAACCAAAAAAUAUGACUCCUUAUCUGACCAUAACACAAAAUAUCACCCAGGAGAGAAUAAUUUUAAACUUAAAUUAAUCAAACGCAAUAAUCAAACUGUCUUAGAACAAUCCAUUGAGACAACAAAUGAUGUCCCUAUUGCAAACAGCGGCCUAGAAAAUGCAGAGUGUGAUGAAUCCCUUCAUGGUGGGAUCAGUGUAAGUAAAACCCCAAUCAUGAAAACAGGCAAACCGAAAGUGGAGACCAAAAAGGGCCCCAAGAAGCUGGAAGAGGGAGUUAUGGAAAACCAUGUGGAUGGGCACCUCCCCCAAGUCAUUACAGAAACCACCGAAUCUAUUGCUUGUAUCAAUGGAGCUGACCUGCUGCAUGACGUAUUGGCUCAUGUUAUGCCUUCUGUACAGCUGCCACCAAAUAUCAACCUUGUCCCCAAGGUCCCAGUCCCUCUGAACAGCACCAAAUACAAUUCUGCAUUGGACACUAAUGCAACCAUGAUCAACUCCUUUAAUAAAUUCCCUUACCCAACACAAGCGGAGUUGUCAUGGUUGACAGCAGCAUCAAAGCACCCAGAGGAGCAAAUCAGGAUCUGGUUUGCUACCCAGCGUUUGAAGCAUGGCAUAAGUUGGUCCCCCGAAGAGGUAGAAGAGGCAAGGAAGAAGAUGUUUAAUGGUACCAUCCAGCCAGUACCUCAAACAAUCACAGUAUUGCCAGCACCUCUGACAACUGCAAAAAUGUCUCAGCCAAUCAUCCAGACUGCUUUGCCUUGCCAGAUACUGGGACAGACUGGCCUAGUUUUGACUCCAGUGUCAAAUGGAUCGACAGUUUCCUGCUCCCCAAUUACACUUGCUGUUGCUCCUAAUCAAGGACAGAAACGGACAACACAAAACCUACCAGGCGCUCCAGAAUCCAAGCGCCCACAUGUAGUUCAGGUGCCUGAGGUAACAACCAAGGCAAAUGCCACAUCAUUGACACCAACGAAUGAGCGAAAAAAGACCAAGGAGCAGAUAGCAGAGCUAAAGGCCAGCUUUAUCAUGAGCCAGUUUCCUAACGAUGCAGAAGUCUAUAGGCUAAUAGAAGUUACGGGUCUCUCCAGGAGUGAGAUCAAGAAGUGGUUCAGUGAUCACAGGUACAGAAGUCAAAGGGGCAUUGUUCAUAUCACUAGCGAAUCCUUAGCGAAAGAUCAGUUAGCAAUUGCAGCUGCACGUCAUGGGCGUACGUACCACACAUAUGCAGAUUUCACCACCCAGAGGUUCAAAGAGAAAACACAAGCGCAGCUUCGAAUCCUGGAAGACAGUUUCCUUAGAAGUUCUUUUCCGACCCAAGGAGAACUGAACAGGCUUAGGGCAGAAACCAAGCUGAGCAGAAGAGAGAUCGAUAGCUGGUUUUCUGAGAGGAGAAAGCUAAGGGAUAGCAUGGAGCAAGCUGUCUUAGACUCAAUGGGCUCAAACAAAAAAAGCAAGGAUCGAGGAACCCACAAUGGUACAAUAAGCCAGAGUGAGCUGCUGAAUAGCUCCCACCUACCCAGUUCACUGUCUGGAUCUUCCAUAGCAUUUAAUGAAAAAACCCAAGAACAAAUUCACCUACUGAAGAGCACAUUUGCAAGAACCCAGUGGCCAUCACCGCAGGAGUAUGACCAGUUAGCAGCACAAACUGGGCUCACUAGAACUGAAAUAGUCCGCUGGUUCAAGGAGAACAGAUCCUCUCUAAGAAUGGGGACAUUAAAAUGGAUUGACCAGUAUGUUGUUGACGGUCAUAAUGAGCAAAGCCAGAAAAAGGGAUCAAAACGCACUGAGAGUCCAAAGAAUGGUAACGAGGUGUCUCGGCAGCAUUACCAGGAGCAUAAAAGGCUGAAUGAAGAGAAUGUGGGUAAACUAGUGGUGAGGUCUAAAAGAGACUGUGAACCACUGAGAGACUCUUUGUUAGGGAACCAGACUGAGGGCAUGGACAGAUUGGAGUGCCAUAGUCAAGAUGGUCAUGCUAGUGAGGAGAACGAGGAGGCUGGAGAUGUGAACUGGGUGGAGGUGACAGUAGGGGAUGACGACGCUGUCUCAGACUGUACAGACAGCUGGAGUCAAGCAGCACCUGAAGGCCAAGCAGAGUUGGCAGAUUUUGAUUCUGAAAGUAUAUCUGGAGACAAUUCCCACCCUUAGACAGGGAUACCAAUCAACCAUGUUCUCCUGAUAACUAAGGGGGAAAAAUCCAUCUGAACAUGGAAUAAAUCUCUUUUCCUCCGUGGGACAAGAUAGCCAACAAGUUGUGACUCCAGAUAGAGCCGUGCUUGCAGAGGCACAGGGAGAAAUAGUCUCAUGGAGCGUCAUUAUGGAAUUGUUUAUAGUGCCAAAGUCCUACUACUGCAUUAAAGAAAAAAGGGUCUUUGUACAUAAAUUUCUCCUUCGCUUCCUGUCCCCACCCCCUUCAGCUACCCGACACCCUCCCGAACUGGAACAGGUUGUACAAUGUGGGAAGUUUGUUACCUUUUUAAUUGGUGGAAAUCAUCUUGCUUGUACCAUUGCAGUUUGGGGUUUGAUUUUCUUUUUUAAUUAGUAACCACUGUAUCUGUGUCAAUUUUUAAACAACAGUCUUUUGGAACCUUUUCAAUGUGAUCAGCACCUGAUCCUAGAUCUCCACCCCAGUGAUGGUUUACAUUUCAGCCCACUCAGUGAAUCAUGGGAGUUUUUGUUGAUGUUGCCUGUUUGGUUUUUGCAUGGGAUUUUGUUGUUUUUGUUUUUCCAGCUGUCUGCUGUUAGUUAAGUUAUUUAAAUCUCCACAUUUCUGUGCUAGAGUGAGGCAAAUCUCUUUUCCAGGAUCUGUCUCUCACUUUUGCCAAACCACCAACACCAACGUUUAGGCCUCAGACCUUGAGAAUAUGCCUCUGUCUUGUUUGAGCACCUUUUUCUUACAAGCAGUAAUAACCCUACAAAGGGGUAACAAUGAGAAAAUUAAGAUUCUUCAUAAGUGAACAUGUUCGGACUGCUUUGGUCGGUACCAAGAUGGGCUACAUACUUUUUAGUCCGCCCUUCAUGUUAGGUUGUUGUAGCGCACAACAUACGUUUCCGAUUAACUCUCACCACUAAAUUUUAUAUCGAUUUUAGGUCCUUGAGUGCACUUUUUUCAAAUAACCCUAACUCUGUGUGUGUGUGUGUGUGUGUGUGUGUGUGUGUGUGUGU